CGUCUCAGUCAUUUACAGUAUUUGCGCGGUCCUAUAAUUUAUAUGGAACAGCCGAAUGACUCUGAAUCACACAAUCAUACAAAGAAAUGAAUGAGUGACUUAAUAAGACAAAAAUUUAACUAUGGUGGAACAAAGAUGCAACUGGAAGCAUAUCAUCAUGGAGCCUUAAGAGGGAGAUAUGAAGCAGGCCAUGUGACUAGGGGAUAUCAGGAGAGAUUAAACCGAAAGCCUGCCCUGGAUUUGAGAUGGCUUUGCUCCCGACGUCAGUCGAAGCAGAGCACUUUGAUGGCCUGUCUUUGCUUUACUGGACUCUGAUGGGACCCCAUGGUAUCAACAGGGCAGUACAGAGAGUGGAGUUUUCUGACUGCAAGAACGGACUGGGAGUGAAAAUCAUCGGGGGUUACAGGGAGCUCACCGGGGAAGAGUAUGGAAUAUACAUCAAGAGAAUCCUGCCGUGUGGGAUUGCUGCUCAGGAUGGGCGUCUUAAAACAGGGGAUCUUAUUUUGGACGUCAAUAACAUGGGUUUAGGUGGAGCUACAAAUGAAAGGGCUGUGGAGAUCCUCCGUAUGGCUUCAGCUUCUAACCACAUGUCUCUCCUGAUUGUUCGGGAUGACGAGUCCAGGAAAGAAUUUUUGGAACUUAUAGGAAAGUAUGGCUGCACCAGUAGCACAGGCUGUGGAAUGAUCUCUCCGACACAGUUCUCCGCAGGGAAGCUGACAGACACGGCCUCGUCCUCCUCCUCCUCCAGAUCUACCAGCCCACUGCUGCAGAGCCCAAAGGAAGCAGGCUGCGUUGGGGGGGGCACUGCCCCCUCCGCCCCCAUCCUGCCUCAGGCUUUCAAUGAUGCCGCAAUUCAGUUGAUAUGUGUUGCCAAGGGAACAGGCCUGGGCCUGGUCAUCAGGGGUGGAGCUAACCGGGCAGAGGGCCCUAUGGUGUAUAUUCAGGAUAUCGUGCCAGGGGGUGACUGCCACAAGGAUGGACGGCUUAAGGCAGGAGACCAACUCAUAUCUAUAAAUAAAGAAUCAUUCAUUGGUGCGACUUACGAAGAGGCAAGAAGCUUACUAAGCCGUACAAAAUUAAGGCCAGACCCCACUACUGAGAUUGUCUUCAUUCGCCAGAGGUCUUCCCUCAGCCCCGGCAACAGUCCCCAGAGUCCCAUCUCCCUGCAGCCGGCACUUUGUGGGGAUGGCCAGUCACUGAGGCCCACAGGGCUGGGCUUGCUGUCGCAGUCUGGGAAUCUGGUCCGAAGGGUUUCCUGCGCUCCCUGUCCUGGAAGUCAGACCCUGCCUUCGGUCCAGCUAAGUCAAGUUCGAAGCUUUCCCCCAGGGAAGGAGAAGCCCUCUGCUGCACAACCUGAUAACACCACAGCUGCAUACACUUGCCCAGAUGCUGUGUCUGCCAGUCAUACACCAACCAGCUCGGCCCCACGGAUGGGAUUUUCUCUUAGCUCUAGCAGUUUCUUAAAGCUGGACAAUCUGGUGCAGGCUUUAGGGUCCUUAGGGAUAAAACUCACGGAAGAACAGCGGCAGACACUGAAAGAGCGACUGUCCUCUGACUCGACUGGCCCUGCAGCUCCUGAGGAUCGUGAGGAUGAUACUAAAGAGCUGGUCGAGUCACAGAUUGACGCGUCCACGUUGGGUCAAGAAGCAUCAAGCGUUGCUUCAGAUAAUCUCCCAAGCCUGUCAAAAUCUUCAGGAGAGCAACCGUUUAAUUCAUCAGAUUCUGAUGAACUUGAGGAGAUGGAGCGAUUGCGAAAGGAGCACACUGAAGCUUUGAAGAAGAUAAAGAAACUUCAGGAUGCAUUGGUCGAAUCUGCAAACCACCAGCAUAAGAUGCAAGAAGAAAUGAAGAAGGUUAAACAGGAAGCAAAAGCCGCCGGUGACGAGACCAGGGCCCUGCGGACCCGGAUCCACCUGGCCGAGGCAGCCCAGAAGCAGGCCCGGGGCAUGGAAAUAGACUAUGAGGAGGUGAUCCAGCUGCUGGAGGCAGAGAUAGCUGAGAUGAAGGCCCAGAUCACUGACCAGCCUGCCCAUGUGAAGGUUGAAACUCAGGAUUUUAAGAAGGGAAUUGCAGCACUAGAGUGUCAGCUGCACAAAUCCGAGAACCCCAAGAAGGGUUUUGAGGUCUCCACAUGGAAGCUUCUGCAUUUUGUGGAGAUCAUCCAAGACUUUCUCUCAGACAGUCAAGUUUCUCAAAAAAACUACCGCUCUGCAAACGAUGCCAAGCUUGGCCAGUCCCAGGCACCAGCCUCCUGUCCCACAAAGAAGACUCCCUGGAAUGCUGCGGCUCUGGCUGAGGAAGCCAAGGAACUCACCCGCUCUGUUAGAGCUAUUCUUGAGGUGGAUUGUAAGUGAGCUCUUGUGGCACAUUGUGUCGUCUUGCAUGCAGAAGACUCCCGGGAAAACCGUCCUCCUGUAGCCCCUUUGUCUGCCUACUGAGGAGUGAUCGUUGUUAAACUGCAUCAACAACUACAGUUAGGGACUAUACUGCAAAGUUUUGAGGGCUUCUCAUCAUUCAAUCAACGCAAACUUUGAUGUUUUAGUAACGGUUACUAAUUGCAGAAUUUAUAUUAAAUAUCUAGUACAUUUUAAUGGGUUUUUUUCUCCAGCUACUCAUCUUAUAGUUUCUGAUGAAAUAAAUAUCCACUAUACAUCUAGGUUCUAAAAAAGUAUUAGUGCAUGAUGACUUCAUUAGUAUACAGUAUACAUUCUGUGUUAAGUAGCCUAAUGUGACAUCUAUAUUAAUAGCAAAUUAGAUGGCACUGAAAGGGUUCCCUCUACUCUCUUAUCUUAAUCGAUAAACUUGUCCAGUAUCCAGUCCUCUUUCUUGUACCAGGCAGGAGUCAGCUCCAUACCUAUGCCUCGAGGUGGUGUAAAUGACAUACCAAUGAGAGUGUGAUUCAAAGACAUUAAACUGAACCCCAUUUAUUUAUUUAUAUUCCCAUUAAUACACAGGGUGUCAAAAACAUCAUGGUUUGUUUAAAUGGCUCAUGAUUUAUUUUUGAAGGGAAGCAGGCCGACAAUAAUCUUUUCGCACAAUUCUGUGGAUAUGCUCUGUAAAACUGGGUCAGUUCAAAACAAAGUCUAAUAAAAGGUGCUUUUCAUUGUGACCUGUUGAGCCCCGUUGAUCUAAAUCAUUUCGGCAUGGCUGGCGUUGCCUGGAUACAGUAUUCAGAAUAUGAAAUUGUCUCGCAAAUAACACCAAUACAUUUAGGCAUAUAUUACAUAUACAGUGGUACCUCAGAACUCGAAUUUAAUCCGUUCAGAACUCCGGA